AGGCGGCGGCGGCGGCUAGAGAGGCGGGUUUCGCGCCGCGGGCCUUGUAUCCAUUUUAGGAGGAAACCCGGAUCGCCGGCUGCAGGCGCGGCUUCAAUCGAGACAACUUUAUUGGUGGCCUUGUCUGCAGACCAUCCGUGCCCGCGGCCCGGGAGGAGGGAGCGCGUCGUCUGAGCCGUCCCUGGCAGGUGGCCCCGACUCUAGCUGCAGCCAUGGGAAACACCGCCAGCGACCGCGUGUCCGGGGAGCGCCACGGCGCCAAGGCUGCGCGCGGCGAGGGUGCGGGCUGCCACGGCCCGGGCAAGGAGCACAAGAUCAUGGUGGGCAGCACCGACGACCCCAGCGUCUUCAGCCUGCCGGACUCCAAGCUACCUGGGGACAAAGACUUUGUGUCAUGGCAGCAGGAUUUGGACGACUCUGUAAAGCCCACACAGCAAGCCCGGCCCACUGUUAUCCGCUGGUCUGAAGGAGGCAAGGAGGUCUUCAUCUCUGGGUCCUUCAACAAUUGGAGCACCAAGAUUCCACUGAUUAAGAGCCAUAAUGACUUUGUUGCCAUCCUGGACCUCCCCGAGGGAGAGCACCAAUACAAAUUCUUUGUGGAUGGACAAUGGGUUCAUGAUCCAUCAGAGCCCGUGGUUACCAGUCAGCUUGGCACGAUUAACAAUUUGAUCCAUGUCAAGAAAUCUGAUUUUGAAGUAUUUGAUGCUUUAAAGCUAGAUUCUAUGGAAAGCUCUGAGACAUCAUGUCGAGACCUUUCCAGCUCACCUCCAGGGCCAUAUGGUCAAGAAAUGUAUGUGUUUCGAUCUGAGGAGAGAUUCAAAUCCCCACCCAUCCUUCCUCCUCACCUACUUCAAGUUAUUCUUAACAAGGACACUAAUAUUUCUUGUGACCCAGCCUUACUCCCUGAGCCCAACCACGUUAUGUUAAACCACCUCUAUGCAUUGUCCAUUAAGAUAAAGAAACUAAAGCUCAGAGAAGGUCAAAUUGCCAGACAGUGUGAUGGUCCUUAGUGCAACCCAUCGCUACAAGAAGAAAUAUGUCACCACACUGCUGUACAAGCCCAUCUGAAGCCAUUCUUCUUGCCUCUGAGGAUUCAGGAGAGGCCUCUUCCUUGCCUGUGGACUGAGCCAGUCUUCUCUGACACCGGAAGGGUGGUUUGCUUUGAGGCUGAUGUCUUUCAGAGCCUCUGAGUAGGAUGCUCUGCUUUUGCAUUUGAUUGCAGAUGAGAGCUUUAUGAGUUCAUGGAAUUUAUUUUAAGAAAAACACAUAUAUACAUGAGAGGAAGGUUGCUGGAAGCCUUCUAGCCCCCGCUAGAUGUAUUUUUUCUGCCUCUGGGUAUUUGCUAAGACCUGUUUGGGGGAGCUGCACGAAUGACUACAUAGGAAGCAUUCUUUCUUAACAUGAAAGAAUGGCAAACUCUUAGGAUCCUUGUUGGGUGACACUUCUACCACUGCUACCUUGGAUGUCCAAGGGAUGGACUUGUGCUAGACUGCUGCCCUACUUAGCGCUGUCUCAUUGCAGGGGUGGCUUUUCUCGCAUGGGUUCUCUUUAUUCCCACGUUAUGUGACACACAGCCUGUGUUUUUUAUUUGAUACCAGAUGCUCCAAAAGAACCCAUUUUCCCCUCAUUUCAGCUUCUUCCUUGUAAUAACCUUCAGUAACUGUACCUGACUCCUCUAAUACAAAACUCAUUGAAUAAGUAGCCCCUUUAGGCCUGACUAUCCCACACUAGAAGUUAGGGAUGCCAGAAGGUCUCUUUUUUUAGUCUGCUCUGGUCUUGGGCCAUGUUGUUAACUGCUUUUACUUCUACUAAAGGAAAGAAAUAUGACUCAGCGUUAUAUGGCAGAAUGCAGAUCCACUACUUGUUCUAAUUUGGUGCCACAACUUCAGCAGUAUGGCACGUUCCCAUAGGUUUUUCCACCUGGCCUGGCCCUGUUUCCAAAUCUCUUUCUCAGAGCAGACAGCUCUGUAAAUAGGCUUGGAAUCAGGGGACAUCUUCUGUGUCUUUCAUCCUUGAAAGAUUUUUGUGUGCCUGCAUUUUUCUUUAAUUAAAAAAAUGCCUUUCAUUGAUCUUAGGAAACUGUAUUGAAGAAUUUCAGGCUUUUAAAAAAUGUUGAUGAUUUUCUUUUCUAGUCUAGAGAUAUCUACAGUCUUACAUUAAGAUAGCCAGCCUUAUGUACAUCAUUACACUAGGCACUGCUGUAGAGAUUAGUCCAUUUAGGCUCAUAUGAUGUACGUAAUGGAUUCCAUUAACUUAAAGAUAGAUGUGUAAGGCCGUGACACAAAAAUAUAUCUCUGGUAUCUCUAACCAUGAAAAGUGUUACUCUUUGCACCAAAUGUUAACAAGAUCCUUUUUUUCUUUACACUCCUUUCUGAGAAAUGUGUUUGAUGAUGAAGAGCAUCACUGAUACCUGUUUAUAGACUGAAACGUAUCUAUUCAAUCCACCCUUGAUAUUCAGAGAUAAAACAUUUUCCCUCUAGUAUGUUGGCCCUUCCAUUUUGCAGAUAAAUGCAAGUCAAACAUUCAGCCUUUAAGGAAGCCAGACUGCUGGAUGGUUGAGAUAGCCCUUGAGUGCAGUGAAAGGGUACCAACAGGUUUAGGUAUUUCCUUACUGUCUUUCCCAAGCAGAGAUGGCAGCACAAUUGUCUUUGGGUGUGUGGACUUCUUUGAUGCCAGCUAUAAAGCAGUAAGGUGGCAGCUGUUUAUAGGGAAUGCAUUAAGUGCUUUGGUAAUUGUUCAUUGUUGAGAGUACAAAGUGAGUUAGCCAUCCAGAGUUACCUUCUGGAGAAUUUUCUGUGGUCUAAACCACUGUUUGAAUGGUGUGCUAUUUUUAAAAAUGCAGGGUAAAUCUUAGAACCAACUCUCAGGAUCCAGAUAGUUUUAAGUUUUAUUGGAAUUUUGUUUCUAUCUCAUACCUAUGGAAUAAUUAGGCCACCUUGGAAGAUUUAGAAUCAUAGUGAUUACAUGGAAGAUUUUCUUGUACUUGUUAUUUCUUGUCAAGAGUAUUGAAACAUAAUUGUAUGUGUACUAAAAUUUUUACUCCACACAGGUAUACCACUGCAGUGGGGCAGGAAAAAGGUCUCCAGUUUCUCUCAGGCCAGAGACUUCUGUGAAUCGGGUCUGGCUAUGCUGGUAGUAAGCGCUGGUGCUGGUGAUUUCAGAUCUGUCUAAUGUGGAAGUGUGCAGGGUCAGUUUCCGAAGUUCUCGCACUGUCAGCCUGCCAGCUGGUGUGGAAGGAGGUGGGUAAGAAGAACGGGGUCAUGACCCAUUCAGUGCUCGUCCCGAGAAGCCUCUCUUGGUGCGUCACGGGGACACUUCUGGAAGUGAGGAGGGAAGAGGGUGGCCCAAAGUGCAACUCACUCAUCCUCCUAUAUAUUGAUUAGUUGCAGGGGCAGCUUAUUUUCUGCAAAAAGAGUAUUUGUCAGAUUUUGAAAAUGAGUAACUUCAAUAUCACAUGAGCCCUAUAGUUUUUACUGUUAAUGAAAGAUUAUUUAUUUUAUUACUUUUUGUUGUUUUUUUUACUAUGAGAAUUUUGCAGAGCCAGCGUUUAAUAAAAAAAGAAAAUGGCCCUUAAGAAGGGCUGACCCAUGAACAACUGCAUUAUUCGGGUUUUAAGGAAAAGAAAGAAAAGUGCCUGAACUGAGGAGGGAGAGUGGGAAACUAAAGGCUUAAGUAACUCAGAACUGAAAAUAACCUUUUUUUAAAAAAAACUAAAAUCAGAAAUAACCUAAUGGUAUUCUUGGAUCUCAUUGUACAAAAUUUAGCAGUAGCUAGCACAUCUUCCUUUUGCCUACUGUCAUUCCUGUUUUCUGUACUUCCCUCUGUAUUUUCCUUUAACUUCAUCAGAGUUCAGUAGAGUUUAAGUCAGUCAUUACCUACGUAAGUUAGUUAUCUCACUGUCACAGAGAACUUCACACCUUGCUUACUAGCUAGCUUUAAGCUUCUACUUGAACGGGAUUUAAUCACUGCACACAGUACCCCUAGAGGGCAUACCUACCCUCAGUCAAUAAUCUUGGCUUUUUAAACAUACCCGAUAGAGAAACGGGGUAAAAUAAUUCAAGAGAAGUUUCUGAGAGGAUCCAACAAGCCAGGCCCACUUUCUUCCAAUUAUUUUGAGUCUCUUGAUCUAAUGUGUCUGAAAUAAAACACUUGAAGAUUGUCAGUACUCCAUGCAUGCUGCUAAAGUGAGAUUUGGAAAGAAGUGAUACCUCCAGAUGGGGUUUGUAUUAAUCUGGGGUAUAAAUAAAGGAGAAACAUGGAUGACAGAUUUCCCUGCUUUUAACUGGGGAAAUAAGGCUUUUAAAAUUUUGACUUCAACUGAAAAUGAUAUGCAAUAGUCUUAUGUUUGUAUGUGUUUAAAAUACAUUCUGUUCUCAGAGAUUUCUACAUCCUCACAUUCUAGUGAUUUGGAGCAUAAUCUUAAGAGCAAAUACAUAAUUUGUUUCUACAUUAUUUUGACUCAUCCUUAAAGCCAAGUUCUCGCUGCUGACUCAAGUUACCCAUGGGAUGGAAGACCUGGUAGGGUAAGGGUCUUUCAAAGUUUUAUGAGUCUAGGCAUUUGUCUCUCCUUAAGUGCCAAACACAACUGAAGAUUGAAGGACUGUGGUUUCUGCAAUGAACAUAAACUUCUGGAGUGAAAAGCUAGAUCUCUUAUAAAUUAUAAGAAAAAGGAAAGAAGGGAAGGAGGGAAAAAAAUUGUCUGUUAUUUGUAGAAUUCAGUUACUGGCAAUGGAAUCCCUCUAGGAUUCUAAUUGGGAUUUUGUCUUGGUUUGUUUUCACUUGUGUUUUGAAGUGAAUAUGCUUCAUUAAAAAGUAAAUUUUGUAUUAGCUUCAGCAUUAGUUGGAGUUAAAUAAACUGUGCGUAGCCCAGUGCUUUUGCAGUAAGAGUGGUGUGAAUACUAAACUGGAUUUUGUAAGUCAUGCUAAAUGCUGAGGGGAUACCUAUGUUAAGUAUCACAUUAGGAAUCGGUCAUCUUGUUUUUCAUUCCCCUCCAGAGAGCACUAACUUACCCAGCUUGCAGUUUUAAGACAGUAAAAGCUCACUGUUUGAUCAGUCCUUCUGCACUGAGUCCCCUGUAUGAGACUUAUUUGAAUUUUGGUUAGUUGGAGGAUGUUGGUUGCUAUUAUAUGAAAGUAUUUAACGAGUAGCUCUGUCUGCUGUAAGGGGGAAUAAGACUACAACUUGAAGGGACUUAAAAGCGUUCUCCUUGAAGUGGUGCUUUUUGUAACCUAGAAUGCUGGGGUGCAGAGCUGCUUUUCAGUAUUUCACAAGGGAGUGGUAUACAGAUAGAGAUUUGAAAACCUUUCUCCAGUAUAAUUUGUCACUGGACUCUGACAUGCCUGAAAAUUACGUGAUGUAACACAUAAGUAAAUGUGGUAUUUUUCCUCAUAAAACUGCUUAAUAAAAGUAUUAUACAGCAAUAA